UUACCAAGUAGUCCUUAAAUUGGUCGCUUUUCCACCCAGAUGCAGUGGAGACUUCACUCCUAAGAAGAUGUCUCUGAAAUUGACUUUGCUGGUCCUUACCCAGCUAGCUUUAUACACAACUGUAACAACCAAGAAAGUAUGUGGCCGACCAGCCAUCACUGACGGGAUUGAUGAGUUGGCCCUGAAACGCGUGUAUGAGGUUGGUGAAGCAGUAACCCUCACAUGUGAACAGGGGUACUUGCCUUCAACAGCGACCCCUCGAAGGAUGACCUGCACCGGCACAGGAGAGUGGACAGCUCAGUCAGACCUGACAUGUUCCCCCAAGAUGUGCCCAAUCCCUAGACCUCUACAGCCAUUAGCAAUGGGGAGAACAGAAGCUCCAUUCAAGAGUGUUCUCAACUUCACAUGUGAUGAUGGGUACGUCAUGCAGGGAGCCAAUGAAAGCAAGUGUUUACAUGAUGGUACUUGGAGCAGUCAACCACCUCUCUGCAAAGCUGUUAAUUGCCCACUACCCAAGAUACUUAGAGAUGGAAGAAUUAUCCAUGAUAAGCCAGUUACUGGAACCACCGUCAUGUAUGGGCACGGCUGGACAUAUGAGUGUAAUCCACCUAAGGCACCAAGUUAUGAGAGGGGAACCUGCAUGGCUGAUGGAACGGCAACUGAGCCACCUGUGUGCCAAGAUGUGAGCUGCUCCAUUCCAACAAGCAUACCAAAUGGCUUCAUCACGUUUGCUGUGAAAAGACAACAUGGCUACAAGGAGAAGGUUAAGUACGCCUGCAAUGACCACUAUGUUCUGGAUGGCCAGGCUGAGAUACAGUGCCAAAACACAGGGAACUGGUCUUCCAAGCCGGUUUGCAGGGCUCCCUGCACAGUUGGCAUCAAAAGAGGCCGCAUCUUCUACAAUACUAGGAAGAUCUGGAUCGAAGAAUUGAAACCCAACAGAGUCCUCCAUGGAGAACAUGUUGCCUUCUAUUGUAAGAACAAAGUUGACAAGUGUGGCUACCCUGUAGCCAGCACCUGUAACGAUGGAACCCUCGCCAUCCCAGCAUGCUUUGAGGAACCAGGCAGGGUGGAGUACAACCUAAGGUCAAAAAGCCUUGCAUCUGAAAUCCAAAUGUGUGCCACUUCCCCCCCUGCAAGUCCCACGAGCGCUGCAAGACCGGCAUAACUUUGCACAAAAUGAUCUGGAACAGCAUGUACACGGACAGGAUAUGAAUAAUUGGAUCAUGAAUAAUGAAUCUGUGACAAUAUGCUAAAGGAGGCCACUUUUGUUGACAUUGUUUUGUCACCUUCAUCAUUUAUUAUGCUUCAUUUGUCAUUUGCUACUAAUAAUAAACUGAUAAUGGUGAUAAUUAAUAAAAUAAUUUUAUUAAGGCUGUAAAAUGUACCUUAGAGAGUCAAUGACCUGCAGAUACAUACAUGUCAUACAUACAUACCCAAUAGAGAGGUUACAAUAAAUACUGAAUGUGAAAAAACUGAA